UUAUAUGUCUUAAUUUGAUUUUGGUUACUGUAUUUUAGUAUCCAUAUCAAGUCAAUCUAGAGCUUAUGGUCUGGUAGGAUAUGGAGCCCCCUGGUGGUGCAAUGGGUUAAACCGCUGAGCUGCUGAACUUGCUGACCGAAAGGUCGGCGGUUCGAAUCCAGGGAAGCAGGGUGAGCACAUGCUGUUAGCCCCAGCUUAUGCCAACCUAGCAGUUCAGAAAUAAGCAAAUGUGAGUAGAUCAAUAGGUACCGCUCUGCUGGGAAGGUAACGGCACUCCAUGCAGUCAUGCCAGCACAUGACCUUGGAAGCAUCUAUGGAAAAUGCCAGCUCUCCAGCUUGGAAAUGGAAAUGAGCACCAAUCCCCAGAGUUGGACACAGCUAGAUUUAAUGUCAGGGCAAAAACUUUACCUUUACCUUAGGAUAUGGGAUAUACCGUAGUAUUCAUUCAGCCUAUUUUUAAUAGUAACUCAACCAGAAACUACAUUUAUCAGGCAUCUACCAAUCCCCAUGCAUUCCAGUAAAGUGAGAGCUCACUGUAAUUGGGUUAAGGUGGAAGAAGCAAUAUUUGCAUGUCAUGGAAAACGCAAAAUGUUUCAUUAGAACUUCAAAUGAAAUGUUUUCAGUUGAGGAUUGAAGAGAAGAUUGGCUUUAGAAAACCAUGGAGCAGUACACAGCAAACAGCAACAGCUCAACAGAACAGAUAGUUGUGCAAGCUGGACAGAUUCAGCAACAGCAGCAGGGCGGUGUCACUGCUGUCCAGUUGCAGACUGAGGCUCAGGUGGCAUCUGCCUCAGGCCAGCAAGUCCAGACCCUCCAGGUAGUACAGGGUCAGCCACUGAUGGUACAAGUGAGUGGAGGCCAGCUCAUCACAUCAACUGGGCAGCCAAUUAUGGUACAGGCUGUACCUGGGAGUCAAGGUCAGACUAUUAUGCAAGUCCCAGUUUCAGGAUCACAAGGACUUCAGCAGAUUCAGUUGGUCCAACCUGGUCAAAUUCAAAUUCAGGGAGGUCAGGCUGUGCAGGUUCAAGGUCAGCAGGGCCAAACCCAGCAGAUCAUCAUUCAGCAGCCACAGACUGCAGUUACUGCUGGGCAGACACAGACCCAACCACAAAUUGCAGUUCAAGGACAACAGGUAGCCCAGACAGCAGAGGGCCAGACAAUUGUCUAUCAACCAGUGAAUGCUGAUGGAACAAUCCUCCAACAAGUUACAGUCCCUGUUACAGGCAUGAUCACCAUCCCAGCAGCCAGUUUGGCUGGAGCACAAAUAGUCCAGACUGGCGCCAACACCAACACGACCAGCAGUGGACAAGGCACCGUAACCGUGACACUGCCUGUCGCUGGAAAUGUGGUCAAUUCUGGCGGGAUGGUCAUGAUGGUCCCAGGUGCUGGAUCAGUGCCGGCAAUUCAGAGGAUACCUUUACCUGGAGCAGAAAUGCUUGAAGAGGAGCCGUUGUAUGUGAAUGCAAAGCAGUACCACCGGAUUCUAAAGAGGAGGCAAGCAAGAGCCAAGCUGGAAGCAGAAGGGAAGAUUCCUAAAGAGAGGAGGAAAUAUCUGCAUGAGUCUCGGCACAGGCAUGCCAUGGCAAGGAAGCGGGGAGAAGGUGGACGCUUCUUUUCACCAAAAGAAAAAGAUAUGGAUCCCAGCCAGGCAAAUGAAGAAGCCAUGACACAGAUGAUCAGAGUAUCCUAACAGCCAGUUAGGAUAACAUCUGGACAAAUAGCUUUUGUCUCUGCGACUGUUCCCUAUUUUACCUACUGGACAGAUUUCUAAAUGGGAAAAAUUGCCAUCUGCUCAGCCUGUUCUUUUUCAGAACAAAUAUUACACUCAGUGAGUGAUUCAUUUUUAGGUUUUUAAUGUCAGUGGCCUCAGCCAACAGAAACCACUGUGAACAUUGGUUCUCCAUCCAACCAGGUCACAUCAGAGAGCUGAGAAGUCUGCUUAAACACACCUUUUAACAUCUGUAACCUUGGCCCAGCUUGAAGAUACCACUGUCUCAGCAAUAACUGGCUAUCUUACAUCAUUUGGUAGCCAUGAUUCUUCAACCCCACAGUGAACAUUGAUGUUUGAAGCAGCCAGAGCUGGUGGUAUUUUGAGGUUUUUUUAUUAUAACCUUUUUGCUCUCAGCUGAACCCUCCAGCCUCAAUAGUAAAAUCUUUUGACAGCACAACUUCCCACUGCAGAAGCAUCUAUACAGAUAAAACUGAAAUCACUGAACAUGUUUUGAGGAAGUACUACCCAGUACUUGUCUCCAGAUAUACACCUGAAUACAGUGAAAUCUCUUAUCUCAAAAGGACUGGGGAGAAUAUGACCUAAAGUAAUGCACUCACGUUCUAAAGGAUAGCUAUAUGGUGACCCAGGGUGGGUCAUUGGUGGGGAGAAUAGGCUGGUGUUGGAGUUCGUAAUGUGUGUAUUAAUGCACCAGUGGGUGAUGGUACUCGUCUUGGAACCCUCUGGCUUGCUCUUCCCAUAAGCAAGUGAAUGCAGGUUGUGAUUAUUUGCAGAUAGGUAAAGUGGAACUGUCCUUGGCGCAGUUGUCUUCUUGAGGGUUGGAGGAUUAGGUGAGGAUUACUCAAGCUGUAACACCCACAUAAUUGCCCAAACCAAACAAAUAUUACAUCCCACUGUAGCUCAGACAGCUGUGUACUGGAGAAUUAAUGUCAGCUGUCUUUUCAGCGUUGAUAUUUAAUUAUAUUUGUAAAUUGAGCACUUAACAGUUCUGUAGCUGUCAUUUCUGGUGUGAAAGACACUCUGUCCUUUCCCUUUUGUGUGUCUGCCCCAAAUAGUUUUUCUAACUGGAUGAUUACUCUCUAUGCAGAGGAGGAGGAGGUUUGCUUUUUGUUUGUUGGGUUGUUUUGCAGUCUCAUUUGAUAACUCCAAAAGUUAGAACGCAGAUUCAUUCUGGCACGUCUCACAUUUCUGCUUUUUAUCUGUUGCACCCUUGUUUACGUCAUACAGUACAAUUCAGCUGCCACUGUGUUAUACCAUUAUUUAUUCAAGCUUAUCACUUGAAAGAUGAUGAAAGUAGUAGCAAGGCAGAAGUGAUGCCUGGAUGUUGACCAUUUCGUUUUAAAGAGGGACCUUUAUGUUCCUAAGAGAAAUCACUGCUUGGCCAUAGUUCUGUCCAGUGAAAAAAUGAACUAAUUCUUGUUGUGACUGUGCCAUGGCUUGGAGGAGAUCACCUUCACAAGAUUCAGUUUUAUUACUCAAAACGGACAGCAGUUCUAGAGAGGACUUGAGAGACAAAAUGAUUGGUGUUAGUAAAUGAAAAGUUUAGAUCAGUGCUGAUUUCCCACAGGAGACCAAUGGAAUGAAUUUGAUGAAAGCCAGUCUGCAGAGAAGAGUUUUAAAUAUGGUCAUGUAGAGUGCCAGUGCUGUCACUUAAGCUGGAAGUGAAUGAAGUAUUAUUCCAUUUAACAUCAUAGACAUGUAAUUUCUAAUUAAAACAAAAUCUCUGCUACUCUUUCAAUUCACUCUAGCAUUUUCAGCAUCCCAGUUGCCUUUGAUUGCCCUUGUGGCAUUCAUCAUCUGACUGGUUGAGUAUCUUACAGCAUUUCUCCUCACUGGAGUUUACAAUAAGUAUCCAACCUAGGGUUUCAGUGACUGUUUCGGGGAGGGGUUGCUUUUCAGAAUUGCUGUAAAUAUUUAAAUCUUUGGUACUUACUGAAAUAGCAACGUGCACAGUGAGGGGGGGGGGGCACUGCAUAGUCUGGAUUCAAGAUGUUCUUACAUGGUUCCCCUUUUCAGCUGUUAGUUUUAUAACUGCAAGCAGGGAUAUUGAGAGAAUCAGUGUUCCCUAAUUCUUGGUGUGUGUAAUAUCAUAAGACAUUUACAGCUGAAAGACUUAGUCAUCACUAUUAUUCCCCAUAUUAAAAAUUGAAUAAAAUUGUUUUUUGUGAUACCUAUAUGUAGAUAAUGCUGACAUCUAUUUAAUUUUUGGUCUCUAGAGAAGUCCUGUAGUUAGAUUUUCCUGUAAUGGUGUAAAAUGACUGAAUAGGAUCAAUAAUACCAAUGGUUUAGACUUCAUGUGUGUAGGUCAAACCUUUUUAGAAAUAUUUGUUAAUAUUAAGAGUCUCAAACUGCAAAAUGUGAUAAAAAGAUCAGUUCCUGGAUAAAAAUGAAUUAGAAGUAAAUAUUCAGACAAUGAUAUAAUAGAGGACAGACCUGUGGCGAGUUUGAGAAACAUACCAAAUCUUCUAUUGACCUAAAAAGCACUAGAAUAUUAAACCCAUUUAAAGCAGUUUGAUAUUUAAUGGGGUAAAGUAGCAAUCUCCAAGUGAUACUAAACUUUUUUUUUUUUUUGAAAUAUUUUGCAUGUAAAACUUAUUGGGCUGGGGGCAGUGAUAUUUGUGAAACUGUAAGGAAAACUUUGUACAUAGUUCAAAAGUUUAUAAUUUUUUAUGCUGCAUUUUGAAGUGUAUUUUGUCUUCAAUAGAUACAACUGUAAGUACUGUGUACACUAUCCAGCCAAUAAAAUGUUUGUAAAAUA